AUGAGAUGCAAGGUUCUUAAUAAUCACAGAUUUUUCUUCCUGUUACAAUAUUCCGCGAUAAGAUGCAAUGAUGUAUGUGCAAGUGCCGAGUUCACAACAAACGGUCAAAAGAUAGCAGCUACAUCUGAAUCUAACGGAUCUGACUUCUUUAUCAAACUAAACUUGCUUGAAAACAUGCAGCCAAGUGUCCUCGCCCAGGAGACCCAAGUCAUAAACUGUACUGAGGACGCUGCUGCUGACACGGUUCUUCACAUCUCUAGUCUCUUGUUUAGAAAAAUCAGCCGUGGAGAAGACAAGAGAAGCAGCAAGUGA